UCGUGGCUCGCCUUCGAUUGCACACACAGCUAGGAGUUUCGUUUCGUAUACAUUGUCCAUCACUAUAGUCACAUGGUUUCUUGCAAACCCACCUGUUUUAAAACAAGCUAAUAAGGAUUUUGGUAAUUAAUCUGGAAGACAAUUAUCAAAACAAAAGCAUGGAUUACACGAAAAUACUUCUGGAAAUUAUUGUAUUCAUGCUUCUUCCGCAAGGUGUAUGGUGCUAUGACAAGGCGCUGCUGGGGAUAAUCGCGUCCUCUGUUGUAGCCGGUGUCUUCUUCAUCCUUAUAGUUGUCAUGGCCAUCCUGGUCACCAUUUGGGAGGAUAUCGAGAUAGCGAAAGGAAAGGUCAAGAUUCCCCGACAUAGAUACAAUCGCUUCCGAGUCCACACUCCGGACAGUUCGAUUUCUACGGACCACACUAUAGAGAUGACCGGUGUACCAAUUUGGGCUGGGGUUCCGCCACCAGCUUGGAGAGAGGCAGAAUCCAUCCCAAUCCCAAGUGACCAUAGCCAUGCAGAAGACCAGGUGGAAAGAGAAUUUUAUUUCACGCAAAGAACGUCUGGUGAAUCGCAACACGAUCCCGCCGUGAUCAUAUCGGAACCCAGCGAGGACCACGGCCAUCAGACCGGAUACGAUUACCGUGGGUCCUCAAAACGAACUUCCAGUUCCACAAAUAGGCUUUCUGCAUCGACAAAUCGUCAUUCUGGUUCAACUCAUAGGGUCUCUGGCGCUACCGCGAAUACCACACUCCCAUCGAGUGCCAGAAAUAAUCACGGAGCAUACUCGGCUGCACGACUGUCCAAUUCAAAUUUGUCACGUGCACACUCAGAAGUACUUUUGGUUCCCGGAAGUGAAAUGAUGAUGGACAGCCAUCACACUGGCUCCAUAGCAACUCUGGAUCGUAUGACAGAAACACAUGAAAAAGUUACGUCAUUCUGAUUUGGAAGUUCCUCCGGAAAACUUGACGGAAUACGUUUUGUCUCUUGUAAUCUCCCUCAUUAGGGAGCAGUGCUACAAAUUACACAUACAAUGUAUAUAACAUCCUACUGGAAAGUGUUUCCAAUGACUAUCGGAAGGUAUCGACAUGACAAAAAGCAUUGUCAUAUGAACGCUUUUGAUAUUGCUAUGCGACAAUGUCUCCAUAAAAUUAGGAACAAACAUUUGUUUUUCUGGAUAAAUCAGGAAUUGAAAAUUGAAAAUGGUUCGAUUUCCGAAAGCAAAUGUCCAGAAGGUGAAUAUUUAGACUGCGUCCUGAUCAAAGAGUUUCCCCAGUUUUUAGAAUCAGGAAUUACCAUUUUACUGGUUACUAUCGACUUACAGAGCCGCCCCAAACGAAUCGGAUUUCCAUGUAGGCGGUGUCCCUCCAAUAUUUAAUGUACCGAUAAACAGCGUCAACACCCGACCAGAUUUACCGAACAUGAGGUGAAGUGUUAACUUGGUAACCACCACUAUCCAACAUGAUGGACGUCAACAAUUGUGGUAACAAUCCAAAGACAGAUUCGACAUCUCAAACUUUGUCGUGAUUUGGCGACAGAAAUGUGAUGACUAUGAUGUGUUAGACACAGACGAGUCCUGAUGUUACAGAUGAGUCCGGAUGUUACACUUGACGGAGGUUCGGAUUUAACAAAAUUCCACUGUAAACAGUAUUUGGAUGAAUUAUUGUCGAAAUGAUUAUCAGUGCUAAGAAAACAACGCGUACCUGUGGGGAUCACCAAAGGAUCGGCGAUUCUACAGCCCAAAUAUAGAUCCCCAUAUGCAUGGUGGUGGACUUGUGGUCGUUGUUGUCUUGUUACGUUGUGGAUGGUUAGCUGAUAACUUUAAUACGUCACAGGAGCAAAUGAUGACCGAUUGGUAUCGAG